GCCACACCUCAAACCAAACAUUAGAGAAAGCAGGCUAAAGCCACAUAAUUUCACUAGGGUAAAAGUAUACUCUUAUUUGAAUAAACUAUUUUGUGCAACAAGCAGCAUUUUAAGCGUCUCCGGAGGAUUUUUGCAGUAAAUUACAUUUCAUCAAGUACUCAUAUUCUGAACUAGAUACUUCUUAUAUGGUGACUAUGGAUUUUAAGGGAAGCACCAUCUGACACUUUCUAAAGCUUGCUGCAUAUUCAUUGGCUGAAAACUACAAAAUAAUUUAGAGGAUAUCAGAUCAGAACUUGAAUAUGGGAAUCCUGAGUCAACUGCUAACUAUCACUCUCCUCUUUGGAGUCCCAGUGUUCUGCCAAUAUGACUAUGAGGAUGACUAUGAUAAUGAAAUGGAUAAUGAAUACCCAUCCAUUUUUCAUCAUAUUCCUAGCAUAGAAUACGCCAUUCCUUAUCCCAGCACACCUGCUCAGUGUGCCAAAGAAUGCUUUUGCCCAGCAACUUUCCCACUAACAAUGUACUGUGAUAAUCGUAAACUUCAGACUAUACCAAGAAUUCCUAAUCACAUCCAACAACUCUAUCUACAGAAUAACAACAUUGAAGCUGUGCCUGUGGAAUCCUUUGUUAAUGCUACUGCCCUGAAAGAAAUUAACCUCAGCCACAACAAAAUUAAGUCUCACAUGAUUGACAUAGGUGUCUUUGGCAAACUUUCAAAUCUAGUACAACUCCAUUUAGAACACAAUCUGCUGGAAGAAAUUCCAUCCCCUCUACCUAGAAGCUUAGAACGAUUGCUCCUGGGUUUCAAUCAGAUUUCCAGGUUGCCCAGCAAAGACCUAGAAGGUUUAGUAAACAUGACUAUGCUUGACCUCUGCAAUAACCACCUUGAAGAUUCUCAACUGAAACAAACACAUUUUUCAAAGAUGAAAAACCUAAUGCAGAUCAACCUCUGCAGCAACAGACUUCAAUCAAUGCCUCCAGAUCUACCAUUUUCACUUAUGCAUCUUUCCCUUGAAAAUAACUCAAUUUCUCUCAUUCCAGAUAAUUAUUUUCAGAAACUUCCAAAGCUUACUGCUAUAAGAAUGACACACAACAAUCUGCAUGAAGUUCCUUAUAAUGCUUUUAACCUUUCUAAUCUUGUGGAACUCAAUCUUGGGCACAAUAAACUGAAGCAAGUAUUCUACAUUCCAAGAACCCUGCAGCAUUUGUACAUAGAAGACAAUGACAUGGAAGUAAUCAAUGUUACCUUAAUGUGUCCUACUAUUGAUCCACUGAACCUCAAUCACUUAACCUACUUACGAGUGGAACACAACAAGCUCACCACUCCAAUAAGUACAUAUGCCUUCUUCUGCUUUCCACAUAUACGCAGUAUUUAUUAUGGUGAACAAAAAAUUGAUGCCAACCAGCAAACACAGCUGAGAACGCCAGUGUUCCAAAGAUAUUUAACACCAGAAGAGUAUGAAGAAGCAGAAGAUCACGAAGAACAAGAUCAUGAUCAUAAUCAAAGGGAAAGGGAUGAUGAUUACUUUGAUCCUUAUGUAUAUUAAGAGGUUAUAAGGUAUAGUAGUAUUAUGACAAUUUAUUUUCUUAUAAAUAGAGAAAAUACCCAUUUUAAAAAGCAAACAAAAUCAUUUUGAAAAUGCAAAAUAUUUGUGGGGCUUGUGAAGCAGGUCUGCAUAUUUUUUGGCAUUUAUUUAUCAAAUUUCAACCUACAAUGAAAAAGUACUUCCCAUAUUUUCAAACCAGACAAUGUUGGAACAGAAAACGAUUCUAAAUAUCUUACCUACCCAAUUAGAAACUUUCAACUAUAUAUACAAACACACAGUAUCAACUUUGCUUGUGUGAUAUAUUUCUAGCUACAGAUAUCAUUGAACUUACUGUCUGCAUUAUGGAAUAAUGACAUUCUCAAAUGAGAAUAUUAUUUUUCCUAGGUACGCCAUAUAUAGUACAAGUUAAAAGCAUGGUCACAAUCCUAGGGAGGCCAGUGUAAAAGUCAUCACUGAUGUAAAAGGACCUGGACGGGACUUUAAGAAAAUGUUAGGAUUCCAUUAUGAGAACCAGCUACAAUCAAAUAAUUAAAAGUCCACAAUUACAACAGGUUUGGCCAUAAUUCAAAUUUUGCUGCUUUAUAAAUACUUUAUUAUUCAAAUAUAUGCUCAGAAAAACAUACUGCAACAAUAGUCAGUUAAAAAAGAAGGCUAUUAGAAAUGUGCUUCUAGUGUAAGUUUUCUAUAGGGUGCUUAGUGCAUUUAAACUGGAUCUAGGAUGUAAUCUGCCCCAGUGUUCACCAACAUUCAAAUGUUUAAUGUGAACAUACAAAUACAAAACCAGAACUAGUUUACUUUCAAUUCAGUGACAAUACAGAUCAAUUAUGAGAGCAGAGUUGUCUUUUUAUGAAGCAUCUGGUAAUUCUUUUACUCUGCUGGCUGGUUCCCAUGGUUUAACACUAUGUAACCAAGUCUCAGAGGGCCCUUGGGCUUGCAAGCUACCCUUGCUCCCAUCUCCUCCUCUUGCACAGCCAAGAGGAAGGAGUUCUGUCAAUUUCCUUUCAGUUUCAAUAAUCUCAAUUUAGUUUAAUGUGCAAACCAGGAAUCCUGGUUAAAAAACAAACAGCAGCUAAGCAAGGCAGCUUUAUAACCCAUGGUUUCACAUUUUCUUGUUUAGCAAUUAACAUUUUGUUUUGUUUUGUUUUGAACCAGGAUCUGUUGCAAAUGGAAGAGGUUUUUCUGGGGUUUGCUGGUGGCUCACCCACGAAGUGCUAAACCAUAGACUUAGCAUUACAGUCAUACCUCGGGUUACAGACACUUCAGGUUGAGCGUUUUUGGGUUGCGCACCACGCCGAACCUGGAAGUACCAGAACGGGUUACUUCUGGGUUUCGGCUCUCGUGCAUGCGCAGAAACACAAAAUCACGCUUUGCGCGUGCACAGACACAGCGCAGCGGGUUGCAAACGUGUCUCCCGCAUGGAUCACGUUCGCAACCUGAGCAUCCACUAUACAUGUGAACCAACCCAGCAUUUUCUCUUUGUACAUAACUUUGUAACAGACAAGUAAUUAUGCAAACCUGAUGCUUGUCAGCAACACACAUAGAUUGAAUUAUAUAAGCAGCUAGAUUGUAACUAUGUAAUGUUUACUUAGCUAUAUAUCUAAGCAUUUACAAAUAAACGUACAAUAUACUUUAAAAUGUAACAGAUUUAUUCUAGCAGAUUAUCUAAAUAAAGUUAUCAGU